GGACCGUGUGGGGACCAUGACAAGUAGACAUCGUGGGCCUCGUGUCCGAGACACCUUUGCCCUUUUUUCAAUGGACUUUAAUGAGGCCGCAUACCUGUCUCUCUUUUUCCAAAGAUUGGAGUAUUUUUUUCUUUUAAGAGAACAUGAAGGAAAAACCUGACCUGGAGUCCUGCUUCGCGGGCUUGGGCUGCGUACCCGCGUAACUGCGUGCUGCGGUGGGAGCCCGCUUCAGCGUAGUGUGCUUCCUGUUUCAGUUGUACUUGAGUUGAACUCUCUCCAAAUCUCAUUCCUCCAAAUACACUUCUGUUGCUCUGCCUCGCCAUCCAUCCAGCCAUCCUCCCAGAUCAAGCAAAAACUUUGACCUUGGCCCUGUGAGGGAAAGAACUGGCCUCUAGUCAGUCUGCUGCUGUCGUGUAAUGCCGUGAUGCUGACAGGACACUCUCACAGGAGGAAGACAUGGCCGCUCACGUCGGAGCUUCCCGGACUCCCCAGGAAGUGAUGGAGCAUUACGUAAGCAUGUACAUCCACGGCAACCUGGGGAAGGCCUGCAUCCCCGACACCAUCCCCAACCGGGUCACCGACCACACCUGCCCCAGUGGAGGCCCCCUCUCUCCCAGCCUCACCACCCCCUUGCCUCCCCUAGACAUCUCGGUGGCCGAGCAGCAGCAGCUGGGCUACAUGCCGCUGCGGGACGACUACGAGAUCGAGUACGACCAGGACGCCGAGACGCUCAUCAGCGGGCUCUCGGUCAACUACGACGACGACGACGUGGAGAUCGAGCUCAAGCGCGCGCACGUGGACAUGUACGUGCGGAAGCUCAGGGAGAGGCAGCGGCGCAAGAACAUCGCCCGCGACUACAACCUGGUGCCGGCCUUCCUGGGGAAGGACAAGAAGGAGCGCGAGAAGGCGGCCAAGCGCAAGAUCACCAAGGAGGAGCGGGAGCUGCGGCUCAAGCUGCGGCCGCUCUACCAGUUCAUGUCCUGCAAGGAGUUCGACGACCUGUUCGAGAACAUGCACAAGGAGAAGAUGCUGCGCGCCAAGAUCCGCGAGCUGCAGAGGUACCGGCGCAACGGCAUCACCAAGAUGGAGGAGUCGGCGGAGUACGAGGCGGCCCGGCACAAGCGGGAGAAGCGCAAGGAGAACCGGAGCUCGGCGGGCGCCAAGCGGGGGCGCGAGGACGCCAAGGACGGGGAGUUCGCCGCCAUUGAGCACCUGCCCGGCUUCGAGCUCCUGUCCGACCGCGAGAAGGCGCUCUGCAGCUCGCUCAACCUGAGCCCCGCGCGCUACGUGACUGCCAAGACCAUCAUCAUCAAAGACCACCUCCAGAAACGGCAGGGAAUCCCCUCCAAAAGUCGCCUUCCUAGUUACUUGGACAAAGUCCUAAAGAAAAGGAUUUUAAACUUCCUCACGGAGAGUGGGUGGAUUUCCAGGGAUGCCUCCUGAAGCCGGUCCUCCCAGAGCUGGAAUGAAGCUGAAACCGCUUGUGAGCCAAAAUGACAGCGGGUGCGGGGGGAGGGGCAGGAAGCGCUUUUUCCCCAGUGUUCUUUUUUAAGCAAAUUGAGUUUCUUUUUUUAGGAUAUACAUUCUUUUCAUGGUCCUCUGAAAGAAGCAAUAGCAACAGUCUUAGGUCAGAUCAUGGGGGAAACAAUGCAGGUGUGUUGAACCUUAGUCUGAAAGUGCUGGGUUAAGAUGAUUGCCUUUGUGUUCAGUUUGAGAAUGUGAUGAGCUGGGAGCACUUCCCACCCUGAGCCCUUUCCCUUUGGUUCCCCACCCGUGCUGGCGGCCAGCUGCCAGCCUUACCUUGUGACACAGGCUCCUGCACGUGGCACUUUAGAUGGGGCCCCCGGGGAGGUUGGCAGUGAGGCCAGAGGAGGAUGGGAUUAAGGUUCCCCUGGAACCAGAGGAAGAGGCUGGCAGUGAACAGUGACCAAACGGGCUUCCCCUGAACUAUUGGCAGCAGCACAGUUUGCGCUUGCAGUUCCCAGAUCCCAAAACCACCCCUUUUGUGCACUCUGGUUAGCCCCUCGGGCUGUUUGGAAAUGGGCAUUGCCCCCCGCAGCGCCCCCUAGUGUAAGAGGAUGGCUGUGGGAGGCAUGGCAGCCAGAGGACCAGCUGAGAUGGCCGGGACUCAGCCCCUUCCCAGGGGCAGCUGCUGGCUACUCUGUACCUGCUGUGCAUUUUACUUGCAAGACCUUGCUUUAGAAAGUUCAUGGCUAAGAGUUGUGAGUUCUGGUGUUAGUGUCCUCCAGUUGUGUCUUUCAAUGAAACCCAGAACAAGCCAGCCUGGCUAAGCAUCUUAACUUCUUGUGGCCCCGGGCCCUGCUGCCCAACCAGGAGAGAUAGGCUGGCUCACAUGGCUGGUAUGGGGCCCAAGGCCCAUGUGCUGCUUCUCUGAGUCACUGUCUUGAACCAGACUCGGACGUGGCUGGGACCAGCCCUAGUUAGAAGUGUUUUCAGGGGCCCUCUUAAACGGUACCUUUCUUUGGCACUUGGAGUAGCCAUUUGUCUUCCGGGUUGCUCAGGGUUCUCAUGUCCAAGACCUUGCUUUAGAGCCGGUGGUGACCACAGGCCCAGCACACGUCACUCCUCUCGCACUUGAUCUGCCUCUCUGGCCCACACAGCUACCGAGACUGUUUACCUUCCAGAUGUUUGGGCUUAAAGUUACAUUAAAGUGAAGUUAUUUGAAAGAAAAAGACCCUCAUCAUUUCCAAGGAUGACUUAAUUCCGGUGCCUUUUUAUUUUGACAUCUUUCUGUCCCCUAGGGUAAACUUUUUCAGCAUUAAAUAAAACAUUUCAAGUAUAUUGUAUGUGGCUUUAGUUGUAGAGCACAUGGCUUGCCGGCAGAGAAGCGCUCCUCGUUAACUCAGCCCAGGACUUCUCUUUGAGGAGUACUGAGUGGGGAUUACUCCUAAGGCCACCUCACAGCCCCUGCAGGAUAGCUGCCCUCGACAGAGGUGCUUCAGGUUUCUAAGCCAGUGCUUCCCACCCAGGGUUCCUGGACCAGCAGCACAGCCUCCCCUGGGAACCUGCUAAACUGCAGACGCUCGCUGCCCAGUCCGGAAUCAAACUAGGGGGCCCACAGAGCCGGUUGUACAAGCCUCUAGGUCACCUGAGUGCAAGCUGACCUUUGAGAACCGCUGGCUUUAGCUACUCUGGUGUCGUCAUUCGUGGAUUUUCUGUCAGAUGCCUAGUAUGGUGAGGUUUUAAAUUUAGUCUUAUUUUUGUAUAAAAUGACCACCAGACUUUCAUUCAGCUUGAGAAGUAAACGCCCCUGUAGCUGUGUGGCCCAGGCCCAGAGCCGUCAAGGGGAAAACGUCGUGCAGCAGGCUUUUAGGAUGUUUAGCUUUUUGAUGGUAUGAAGAAUUUAUUUAGGCUUGACUGUUUUAAAAUACCAUAAUGAAUGUAUAAUUAAUUUAUGUUAAAGUGUUAACUCUGUUACAAGGGGAAAUGAUUUGGGAUUGGUUGCCUUUAUCCCUUCCACUCAGUUAUCAGUCACGUUAGCCCUCAACCCUGCUGUUAACAUAGAGCCUUUACAUUUCUCUGUUCAGCUCUCAUACAUUAGUUACCAUAAUCCCACAGAAUUAGGCCUUUUCAAAAUUGAAACUCCAACCUUUGAGUCCAGUUCCCUAAGUGAGCUAUUCUGAAUCCCCUCUGGAUGGCCAGUGUUCCAGGAAUGUAUCAAAACCGACUCGACCGUUUCCACUGCCCUUAUUAAACAGGUUGAGAACAAGUGUCCCUGACUGCUUCUUGGAACCUGCUCCACGGGCCUUAGGCAGCUUUUCCGGGCUAGCAUGUGGCAUGUUUUAGCCGGCACUUCCGUUAAAAUUACUUUCUGUUCAGCAGGAAGCCCCUGCGCCAGCCCUUGCUCCGACAGGCACCCAGAGAAAGCGCAUCAGCAUGGAGCUGGCCAGCUGCGAAGGGCCGUCAGUAGAGCGAGCACUGGCUCGCUUGUCUACACUGUACCUGUCCAGGCUGCACUUAUGCCAAACCCAGAAAUGCCAUGGUUAACAACUCUGGUUUCCAGUGAGUAUGUACGGCAGGUCCUCAAACAAUGUAUUUUGUUAUAAUGUUGCGAUGCCGUAGGAACCCAACUCCUGUCUGUAUCCAUUAGCCGGUGGUAAAAUUAGUUUCAUUA